AUGACCAACACCUCUUCUGUCAAUCCCUCCGAGGUUGGCUGGCAGUUCGUGCCGCAGUACUACACCUUCGUGAACAAGCAUCCCAACCGCCUCCACUGCUUCUACACCAAAGAAUCCACCUUCAUUCACGGUACGGAGGGCGAAGAUGGCACUCCUUGUUUCGGGCAGCAGGAAAUUCACAACAAGAUCACGUCCAUCGGCUUCCAAGAUUGCAAGGUCUUCAUUCACUCGGUCGAUGCUCAGUCUUCUGCGAACGGUGGCAUCAUCAUCCAGGUCAUUGGUGAAAUGUCGAACAAGGGUGAGGCGUGGAGAAAAUUCGUCCAGACAUUCUUCCUCGCCGAACAGCCCAACGGCUACUACGUUCUGAACGACAUCUUUCGUUUUUUGAAGGAAGAAUCCGUCGAGGAGGGCGAAGAACUGGAGGAAGAAGCCCCGCUCGUUUCCGUACCCUCGUCUCCCACCCCUCCUCCUGUGGAGCCCGAGCCCGUCCCUACCCCCACGCCUGCAGCCGUCCCCCCGGUCGAGGAGAGCGCUCCCUCACCUGUUCCUUCCCCACCCCCGCAACCUCAGGUCAACGGCCACACGCCUGAAGUAGAAGUGGAGCCUACCCCCGCCGUUGCUGAGCCCUCCCCAGUGUCAUCUCCUGAACCCACUCCCGCCGCCUCUCCCGCCCCUCCCCCUUCUGUCUCUCCUGCACCCCCGCCCUCACAACCUCCCGUCGCUGCAGCUCCUCAGCAGCCUCAGCAACCUCCGUCACAGCCCCAGGCCCCCGCCGCUCCUGCCCCUGCCCCUGCUCCCUUAGCGCCUAAGUCAUGGGCAUCGCUGGCAGCAACCGGUGCGAAGAGCUGGGGUUCGGCCGUUGCUAGCACGCGAGGUACGAGCGAGGCUCCGGCUCCCAGCAGCGUGUCGCCGUCGCCCAUGAGCGGCCCGCAUUCGCCCGCCCCCCACGUCGGCCGCCCCAUGCCAAGGCAGGAUGCGCAACAUCCCGCGUACGUCGCCGCUCAAAACGUCGCCACGCCGCAGUGUUUCGUCAAGUCCGUGACGGAAAACGUAUCGGACCAGGCUCUGCGUGCGACGAUCACCGCCCGUUUCGGCCCCAUCAAGGAGCUUGAAAUCGUGCGGAGCAAGGCCUGUGCAUUCCUCGAGUUCCAGCAGCUCGAUGCUGCGAAGCGUGCCAUCCUCACGUCGUUGCCCAUGGCUCAGGGUGGCGAGGGUGGCAUUCGCAUCGAGACCGACGGCGGUGCUGGACAGGCGCGCAUCAUCGUGGAGACCCGCAAGGAACGUGGCGACCGGCCACCCCCGCGCGCGCCGCCCAUGAAUGGUGACCGCGGACGCGGCGGCUUCCGGGGACGCGGCGGCUCUGGUGCACGCGGUCGCGGCGGUCCGCCCCCCAAGCAGUAG